AUGGGUAUAACAGGUCUCUCUGCAUAUUUAUCUGAAGAACUUGGUUUUCAAUCAUCUACAAUCAGCUCAAAUAGUAAUAAUAAUAACAAUAGUAAUAUAGUUGAUGAAAAUAGUAAUAACAAUAAUAUUAAUAAUGGUGGUAAAAAGUUCAAUACAAAUAGAGCUAAUGAACCUCGAAAAGCAGAUCAUGUAUUCAUCGAUAUGAAUGGAAUCAUUCAUAAACAAGUUCGUAGAAAUUCCAAUAGUGAAUUGACAGUCGAUCGUGUUAAGAGAGAUUUAAUCGAUACUCUUAAAAACAUCAUGAAAGGUUCUGGUGUCUUUUAUCAUACGAAAUCAAUUCAAUUCAUUUUCGAUGGUCCAGGUUCAAGAUCAAAAAUUCUACUUCAACGUAAACGUAGAUCAAAAAAAAUCGAAGAUUUGGUAGAUACAAAAGUCAAUGCUAGUUUGAUUACACCUGGUACCUCAUUCAUGGGUGAAAUGAAACAGUUGCUAUUGGAUUACUCAAAGAAAUUACUGAGAGAAUCACAAAAUCUCAAUCUCAAGGAUAUUCAUGUGUCUGGAAGUGAUCGUUGGGGAGAAGGUGAAUUCAAAAUAUUCGAACAUAUAAAUUCAAUGAAUUGGAAAGAGAAUACCAAUGUAUCGAUAUUCACCUGUGAUUCAGAUACAAUUUUAUAUGCUUUAUUAUCAGAUGCAAAUAUUAGAAUCCAUGAUCUAUAUGAUCCGAAAUCCUAUAAAGAUAUUUCUAAAUUAAAGCAAGAGCUAUCAUUACUUGUACCACAAAGAGAUAAAAAACAAGUAUUUGUGGAUUUUGUACUUAUAAAUUUAUUUAGAGGAAAUGAUUUGUUACCUGCUUUGCAAAGUUUCAAUUUUGACUCUGUUUGGCAAGCUUAUGUAUCAUCGCCUGACAAAUUAGGUGUCUAUAAUUUGGAGACAUCUGAAAUCAAUUGGGAGUUACUCUUGGACCUGCUUUCCAAGAAUCGUAUAAUCAAUUCACCUCAAACUAAGAUAUCGAUUGUCGGUGAAUUUAGAACGUUGUUGGCUGUGUUGGCUCGAGACUUGAAGCGUGAGGAAAAGUUGGAUUUCCAACUCAGUAUGCUUGAGGUAGGCGAAAAGAAUGUCGUGGAUAUUGUCGGUGUCUUUGACGGCCAGACUUUUAAAGAGGAACGUGUGAAAUCCGAUACUCAAACCAAAACUAGAUUCCUCAAGAAGUUCUUUGAUAUCGAUCACCCGUUCUGGACAAAGUACAAGCCACUGUUGACUCGGGAGCAAAUCGAUGGUCUGGUGCGACGUAUGGCGACUUCCAUGGCAAACUACGUCACCGCCAACGCUGAAGAACCGUCAAUCGAGCAUUUACUCCAACAUGUCUCAACUGAUGCAUGGAAACAUCCAGAAGCAUUGGACCAAUUGAAUCAAAGUUUCAAGAAAUAUGUAGAUACAUCAAAGUUGACAGAGUUUGAAAACAGUCAAUUGUCAUUCCAUCCUACUUUACAUCUCUCCAAGCACAACAACAGUAUAUUCCUACGCGAGGAAAUACUAAACAGCAAACAAUAUACAAGUCCAAAACACUUGGAAACCAUUCCCUACAAACCAAAAGCUCUUAAUCAAAACAUUAACAACAAUAAUAAUUUUAAUAGUAAUAAUAGUUAUAGUAGUAAUUAUAAAUCAAAUUAUAAUAUUAAUAGAGUUUCGAAGGGUGCUAUGCAAUAUCAAUCAAGAUUUGGAAUUAAGGAUUCAACAACUACCACUACCACAAAUACCACCACCACUGAUUCUCAAGUGAAUCAAGGUGUUAUCAAUGCGGUCAGAAAUUAUUUUACAACAAAUCGUACUCCAACAAUUCAAACUACUACUAGUCUCAUACCAACCAUCAAAUAUAGCAGUAUAGUAGAUGUUAUCAAAAGUAACAAAAAUAUAAAAUAA